AUGCUUCUCCGCUUAAAAGGUCACGUUACGAGGCUCGGCUUCGAUGACAUUUCCAUUUCGAUAAAGCAGUCUCCGACCAAGCCGCGUCCUGGCGCGGUGGAAGUUCGAGCGCGGAAGCUUCAAUCUCGGCGUGCCGUGCUCGAGGCGUGGUCUCGCCGCCUGGCGGACCCCGCCUACGGGCGACGGACCGUCGAGGCGAUCCGCCCGGUCCUCUCGGACUGGGUGAAUCGCGACCGAGGACGUCUCACCUUCCGAGCGACGCAGGUGCUCACGGGACACGGCUGUUUCGGUCGCUACCUGCACCUCGUCGCCCGGAGGGAGCCGACGCCGAAGUGCCACCACUGCAGUGGCUGCAACGAGGACACGGCGGAGCACACGCUCGCAUACUGCCCCGCUUUCGCGGAGCAGCGCCGCGUCCUCGUUGCAAAAAUAGGACCGGACUUGUCGCUUCCGACCGUCGUGGCUACGAUGCUCGGCAGCGACGAGUCCUGGCAGGCGAUGCUCGACUUCUGCGAGUCCACCAUCUCGCAGAAGGAGGCGGCGGAACGGGAGAGGGAGAGCUCUUCUUCCUUCUCGGCGCCGUGC